GUCCAGUCCUCAAUAUUACAUAAUUGUGUAGAUGUUUAAAGAGUGUUUGCCAAAAAAUGCCUUUCCUAAAGAGAUAUAAACAUUAUGUUAUCAAACAAAUGAAGCAAAACGGAUAUUUAUUAUAAGCUGAAAUACAAGUAACAGAAUAAGGGCAUUCAAUAUACUGAUGCCUAAACCAAAGAACAUCAUUAUUUCCCUGAUAACACUGUUUCGGCAAAAUUAUUAGAUUCAGACAAUGGUCUGUUGUAAAAUUUUGCGAAGCUAUCCGAGUGUGUGCUCCAACCUGCUGAUUUCCUUAUUGUGUCGAUGGAAACACCGUUUCGUAAGGCUGAUGACGUAGAAGCAUGUCGAGUUGAGUGUGCUUGAAAUACUGUGGUAUCCACUCCUGCCUGUUUGAGGAUAUCUUUCACCCAUCUGCUCAGAGGUUGCUUUGUUGCCGCGCCAUGAGGUUUACUGUGCGUUAUGAAGAGGGAGCCACAGGUUGGGUUUCUCAAGGUGCUUGUUGCGUUGAGAUAUUUUCUUAUGCAUGAUGCAACACAGAGUUUUUGAUUAAGUGAGAAAUAAGGGAAAACCAUACUAGGCUGGGAAAGCUUUGAUUUUGAAGUUUUCGUUAAGUCCGGAAUCAAUAUUACAAUAUUUGUUUCUGUAAAUUUUAUGUUAGAGAAUCUAAUAAAGGAAAUCGUUUGAAUUCUGUGACCUGUUGCUAGAACCAAAAUAGUUACUAGUUUACCGGAUAGAAAUUUUAACCCUUUAUAGUGCAAGACUUCAAUCUUCAUCAACAAGAGUAAUAAACACCUGAGUUUUUGUGAGCAGGGACAAAAACUACUGUUUAUUUGACAUUUUGUUGAUUACAGUUUCCAAAAUGGCGUCCAGGUGGUGGUCCUUAUAGUGACCACCACACAUUUAGGGUGCGUUUAAGUCAAAUGCGUUUGAUAGCUUUCAAUAAAGCAACUUUUAUUUUUUUACAUGAAACUGUUCAAAACAUUGUAAGCAAAGUCCAACAUUGCACUCUUUGCACUGAAUUUUUGUCCUGUAGUUGAGAUAUUGGUUUCUCUUUAGUCUGUUUUUUCGUUUCUGAGUAGAGAAUGUAGCUAUUUACAACUGAGGCAUCAAAAACAAAGUUAAAAGUUUCAUCCACCAUCGCCUGCUUUUCCAAGAGACAUUAUAUGGAGACAUGAGCUGAUCAAACUUGUCCACACCCAGCAUAUAUUUAUUAUAAUCUGAUACCGCACUUGGACAAAUAACUUCCUCGCGAUUCCCUUGGGCAUUCGUUCUAAGAACAGUUGUUUCUUCCCUUGGAUCGUGAAAAUUGCUAGCAAGUAGGACUGGUUUGGUACCUCGAUCCUUCCAUUUGUAUACAGAAAUAUCACCGGCCAUGCAAUAGUCAGAUUCUCCACGUUUCAGGGAUUUAUCGUUCCUCAUUUUACUUUUUGGGAAAAACUUUUUAUUUUUCCUUAGUGUGCCACAUGCGAAUGUAUUUUUUGCAAGAAGCAUUUUGAGCAAUGGAAAACUAUUGAAAAAGUUGUCAAAGUAGAGACAGCGCCCCUCACCAUUAUAUUUAUCAGACAUUGUAAGAACGGUUCUUUCUCCCAGGCUUAUACCUGCCGAAUCAGUUUGCUCUUUGCCUUCAUAUAUCUUGAAACCCAAGUUGUAACCGGUUCGAGAACAAGCAAUCACCCAAACUUUAAAUCCCCUUUUCACUGGUUUCAUGGGCAUAUACUGUUUCAACGUAGUACGACCCUUGAAACCAACCAUGCUUUCAUCAAUGGAGAGUUCCCUGUAGGGAGCGUAAAGGGUUGAAAAUCGUUCGUUCAAAAUAUCAACAAGUGGACGUAUUUUAUAUAGCUUAUCAAAGUUCUCUUGUCCUCGCUGUGGCAUAACUUCAUUGUCGUUUAGGUGAAGGUAGCGAAGAAUAUGUAGAAACCUCUUUUGUGACAUUACGUUACUUAUGCGGCUUACAUGGAAGUUUUGAUCUGUUGACCAGUACAAUCUUAGGCUUGGCAGGGUAUGGAAGCCCAUUAUCAGUAGCAUACCAAAAAACGCUUGCAACUCAUCCCGUUGAAAAUUCAAACCAACUCCUUUUUGCUCUGCGUACCUGUUAGACUCGGUAAUAAUCAUAUCAUAUACUACGUCCGAGAAUAUUGCGUGAAAAUACUGCACAGGUGAAUCGAUGGUGCCAUUUGUUAAUCCAACUAUAUCCUUGACACCUUGUGGUUGAUUAUAGUUGAAAUCUUUAUAGGUCUUUGGUUGGCUUCCAAUUUUCGUCCAAAUGAACUCGAUAUCAUCCCCAUCAGCACCUGUCUCUUCUGGUUCAUCUUCAUCAUUUUCAACGUCCUUUGUUGAGAUGUCUAAGGCUCCUUGACAUUCAUUCAUCCCACUGUUACAAGCAUUAGUCAUCUCAGAUCCACUGUCUGAUCCAGAAUAUUCAUAAUCGGGAUCUUUUACAGAAUCAUCUGAAUCAUCUUGAUAAACGUUACCGGAAGUGGUAGAAGUAUUGGCUGAUACACUUCUUGAAACAAUGAUGCCUGACUUUGCCCUGGUGGUAGGUUUUGACUUGGGAAUAAACUGUUUUGUCAAUGGAAGAUUGUCGUCGGCAUCACUUUCUCCUUCAAGAUCGGAAUUUAUAGCCUGAGCGUCGGAUAUUGCCUCACAAUCUGCUACUAUCUGUAGAAGCUCCUCCUGUGUCGCUUUCUGAAGCUCUUGAAACGUCCAUUUAGUUUUCGAAGUCAUAUUCUGAAAGAAAAGUGCCAGAUUCAAAUUCCGAUAACUCGUAAGCCGAAUAAAAUUUCAAAAUCACUCUUUGUAUUGAGUAUCAGUAGCAUAUAUUGAAUAACAUACGCAUGUAACUAUAAACGAAGAUGUCGCAUAUAGAUGUAAAAUUAAAAUUCAAAAUUUAUCUUUUUGAGGUUAGAAGUGUGGUACUUACCUUUAUAUGACAAAAGUUAUUGAUUUAUCUGAUACUUUUUACUCGAACAUUAAUUUAUUCACCUUUACAACAGUGCAGAUGACAAUUCUUAUAAUAUAUUUUAUCGUGAUCACCAGUAAGUCAGAAAAAAAUAACACAAUGUAACACUUCGCGCGAAAACAGUUUUUAUGCUUGCUCGUUAUGCAAGGUGGUCCGAUAAGGGACCACAUAAUAGUUGCGCGCGCUGAUCACGUAUUCAGCCACCAGUAGUGGUCCUCUAAAAUACCACCGACUAAUCCACACAUAUCGUUCUGUCAGCAAGGCUCAUUUUUAGCGCACCGGUUACGCGAAAUUGAUACCUAACAGAGGUGGUCCUCAAUGGGACCACCAACAGUUAAAGGGUUAAGCUGCUCUGCUGUGAGGAUUCUAAAUAGUUAAGAACUAUUUGGGGAUCCCAAGUAUGGUCGUAUUUCGGUUUAGGAGGUCUAAGCCUAAAAACACCUCUAAUAGAUCAUUUCAUUUGUGGAUUAUUUCCUAAGUUCUCUUGAAUUAUUAAUGAUAUGGCCGCCCGAUGAGAAUUAGAGGAGCCAAAUCUGUUAUUGGAGGAAUCCAAAAUUCUCUGAAAGAAUGAAAUGAUGUCAACGAUUUGACAAUCGAAAGGUGAAAUAUCGUUCAUUUGACAAUAAUCCCACCAUAAUUUAUAUGUUGUGCUAUAUUGGUUUAUGGUAUUAUCACUCAAGGACCUCAAUAUUGUAUCUAGGGCAUUGAUGGGGAUUUCCUUUCUUCUAAAGGCUUCCCUGAUAAUCUCGCAGCUACCAGGGUAAGAUUGUUUGAUAGCGGAUGCUUCAUUUGGCUGAAAGGACAAAAAAGCAACUUAUCACUGGGUCCAAAAAAUAAUGGUUGCUUUAUUAUCAAUUUAUCGAACAGUGGGUACCACGGUUGAGUGCGCCAUAACGGGACCACUAAUAUGCCUUGCGCCUCGUCAGUAAUGAUUUUGUGUAGGACUCUAAGUAUCAUUGAAAAUGGCGGGAAAGCAUAAAAGUUUAAGUUUCCCCAAGAGAACGUAAAAGCGUCAACUGAUUCUGAUCCUGGGUCCUUUAUCCAUGAAAUAUAUCUGCCACAUUUAUUGUUAUAAACAAGCAAAUAUAUCAAUCAAUAUCAGGUUUACCUAAUUUGUCAGAUAUGAUUGCGAAAACCUCACGGCUGAGAGACCAUUCGGUUUCGGUACGCAAUAUUCGAGAAGCAUUAUCCGCUUGCCAGUUUUCUUUGGAAGUAAUAUAUAAUGCCAAAAUCCAAAUAUUUCUAUUUUCGCAGAUUUUUGCCAGAUUUUUCUGGUAAGAGCAUUUAAAUUUUGGUGGUGCACACUACCCAUUUUAUUGAUACAAGCCAAGGCCGUAGUGUUAUCAGUUCUGAUUAAAAUGCUACAAUCACUAGUGUUUUUUUGCAAUGCAUUUUAGACCAAAAAAUAUUGCCUGUAAUUCCAAGAAAUUUAUGUGAUUCUCCUUAUCCUGGGAUGUCCACCAUCCAUGCGAACUUUCACCUUGGCAAAAGGCACCCCAGCCAGAUAAGCUAGCAUCAGUGCAAAUUUCUAGUUCAUAUUUGUCCCUCGUCAAGUUAUUUUUAGUGGUAUCAAUUUUAAUUAACCACCAAUUUAAAUCCGACAGAAUUGGUGCGGUUAUUGUCAUAUAACCAUUGUAAUUUUCGUCGCUAUCUUUCAAAGCUAAAAAUUUUGCCCUUUCACAAUUUUUUGUAUAGAGCCAUCCAUAUUUCACCGCCGGACAGGGGGAUGUCAAAUGACCGAUAAGUUGGGCAAAUUUAAGAAUUCUAAAUCUUCUUUGUCUAAUAAGAUUAUUGGCCAAUGUUGAAAUUUUUUGUCUUUUGUCUGAAGGUAACUCCAAAGUCAUGGUAUUUGUAUCAAAUAUAAGGCCUAGAAACUUGAACCUCAUGCUCGGAGCUAGAACACUUUUUUCCUUAUUGACGAUAAGGCCUAAAGAAGAUAAAACCACAUUUUUCCUACAUUCCCCUUCAGAGUUCCCCAGAAUCAAAAAGUAAUCGAGAUAAUGAACACAUGGUAUACCCCUGGCUCGUAAUAUUUUAACAAUGGGUUUCAUCAGUUUCGUAAAUGUAAGAGGUGCUGACGAGAACCCGAACGGUAAACAAGUAAAUUCAAAGAAUUUGUCGUCAAAAUAAAAACGCAAAUACUUCUGAUAGUCCGUAUGAAUAGGUACUAAAUAAUAGGCAUUUUUUAGGUCAAUAGUCGAUGCAUAGUGGCCACGUUGAAUUAAUUUGGUAGCCGUUCGGGCAUCUUCCAUUUUAAAAUGUGGUGCAAACACAUAUUCAUUUAGUUCUUUAAGAUUCAGAACAAAUCUUUUCCCACCACUUGACUUGUCUAUAAGGAAAAAGUUAGACAAAAGUUGGUCACUGCGAGGUUGACAUAGCCUUACAGCACCUAGUUCUAUUAAAGAUUUCACUUCUUUUAAUACUAAAUGGUGUUCAGGUGAAUUAAAUAAGUUUUUAGGAAUAAGCUGGCCCCCAUUCAAAGGUGCGCUCUUGACCCAAGGUAUCUUAUAUCCCUGUAACCAAUUUAAAAUAGUAGGAUCAUCCGUGAUGGAAACCCAUUGUUCGAUAAAAUAUUUUAAACGACCUGCACAGUGGUUUCUUUUUACCUGGACUAAUAUUUUUUCGGGAUCUUGUCCUUCUGCCGGUUCCACUGGCUUUUCUUGUACGUUUCCUUGUGGUAGUUCCUGGAGGUUUGACCCUUGUAAGGACCUGUCUCCCCCAGGCGACUGGUCGGGUAAUAAGAGUUUAAAUUCCGAGAGGCGGAUGUAGCUUUUAACUGGCUCCCCCUGUUUUGCCCUCUGCUAGAGGGUUGCUUAGAUGUGGAUGGCAAUUUUAACUCCUUGUUAACACACUCAAGAGUUUUUACGGUAUUAAGCUUAUCACUUAAGUUGCCACCGAACAAGAAUUCGGACGGUUCGGUAGAAUCCGCCAAAUCUUUCAUAUUUUUUAGACAUGGAAUUAUUAAAUUUUUACGCGUUACUGACACACGAUGAAAUAAGUUAGCAAAUAUUUUGCCUGCGUCAGAUAACCCUUUCAAAAGGUCAGUUCUGAUAUUUUCAGGCAACCUAUUUAGUUGACUGAGAGAUAAAGUGAGACUUGUUCCCAAGGCAGAAAGACCUCUUCCUAAUUGGUUUUGUACUUCAAUGUUGGAAGAAUCUGUUGUAAUAUUUUGUUUUGGCAACGCGGCUCUAACCUCUGGAUUUAAUUUCGGUGGAGUUAAAGUAGGCAAAUUUUUUGGGGGAUUAUAGUCGCCCAAUAAUGCUAAGCUUUCAGACUUUUUUAGUCCCUUAGCAAGAAUAAUGCGCCAUCUGGAUACAAUCUGAUCAUGUAAAGUGAUAAGGUCGUCCUGACCUUUAUUCGGAUCGUCUCCUAUCAUUUGUAAAACGUCAUCAGACAAUAUGACAUCAUUAUGAACUACAAGUUCAUCUAGGUCUUUAGAAUUUUCUAAAAGAACGCUGCACGCGCUAUCAGAACGCUCUGGGUACUUGCGAGUAGGUGGCACUACAUGUGGCAACACCGUCGGCUGGUCCCGCUCGUCGUCCUCGCGGCUAACAUCGCCACCAGUACGAUCAGCUGUGAUAUCCGUGAUAUCCAACCGCCGGCGCUUCGGUGUGUAUUCCCUGUUAUGCCUCCACUACACGUCUUCAGAUGCGUCGGCGGAUGUCGGCAGAUGCAUCGGCAGGUGAAUCCCCACGAGCUGACCACACGUCUGCAGACGUCUGCAGGUCGCUCUGUCAAGCCUCGACAGAUGCAACGGACGCAAAAUUUAAAAAAUGGAUGUUGAGAUGGUAACUGCCGCAGCUAUUUAUUUGUUUAGUGCUUUUAAUUACUACUUGAGUGUGUAUCGCAGUAGAGUUAUUAAGAAGAAAUGGUAAAGAAGAAGGUGGUGGAUGCUGGCUAUACAUAGAAACAGAACAAAGUAAGUUGAAUAGGGACUAGUCGAGUAAUGUAAGAUAAUUUUGAUGUGGACUUUCCUGAUGUAAUUGUCUUGGUUGGUUACCAUAUGCUUAAAGUUAUUCUCAUAUUUCAACGUAUCAACCUUUAUUACACGAUAUUUUUUUACAGGAAUAGCAUGGAAAAUCAGCUUGCAGAACUUUACGCGGAGCCAGCUGGAGAAUUUGACAAUUUUGUUCGAAUGUCUUGCAGCGAUUUUGAAUAUCUUUUACAGAAGAUAUCUCCAAUGAUUGCUAAAAAUGAUACUGAUUGGAGGGAUGCAAUUCCAGUGAAAGUACGCCUGGCAGUAACAUUAAGAUACUUAGCUACUGGAGAUAGCUAUAGAAGCUUGCAUUACCUGUUCAAAAUUUCAAGCCAAGUGAUAUCUCUAAUUGUUCCUGAAGUAUGUUUGGCGCUCAAUGACGUAUUAAAGGAUUUAGUGAAGAUGCCUAAAACUGCAAAUGAAUGGCUCUCAAAGGCACAAGGCUUCAAUUUUCCUCAUUGCAUCGGAGCUUUGGAUGGAAAGCACAUCAUGAUUCUACCGCCACCCCAUACUGCAUCGGAGUACUUCAAUUACAAAGGACACUUGUACUCUUAGCACUAGUUGAUAGUGACUACUGUUUUAUUUUUGUGGAUAUAGGAUGCCCAGGACGGAUAAGCGACGGUGGCGUCUACAACCAAAGUGUUCUAAAGCAAAAAAUUGACACAAAUGUAAUCAACUUGCCACCUCCUAGUCCUUUGCCCAAUAGUAACACUAACUUCCCUUAUGUUUUUUUAGCUGAUGCGGCAUUUGCUCUGAGUACACAUAUUAUGAAGCCAUUUCCUGGGCAUCAUGCUGUUGGUACUCCCGAGAGGUUAUUCAAUCAAAAACUGUCUAGUUCGCGUGUGACAAUCGAAAAUACUUUUGGAAUAAUGUCUAGCGUAUUCAGAAUUUUCAAAAGGCCUAUACCACUGAAUAUUCCCAAGGCAUCUUUAAUUACAAUGACAUGCGUUUUGUUGCACAAUUUCUUGAGAAAAAGUAAAACAUCUCGACAUAUACGUUAUACACUCCCCCAAAUUCGGUAGAUAAGUAUGUUAACGGUGAAUUAACCCAACCAGGAUCUUGGAGACAAAAUUACACAGGAACAUUUGAUCCACUGCAACAUGUACCUCGAAGAGCUCCUACACGUGCAGUAGAAACAAGAUUAAAUUUUAUGAAAUAUAUUCACGAGAAUAACAGUUAGCUAUAGAUGUACCUAACAGAAUUUUCUGAAAUAAAUAGGAUUAGAGAAACUUGGUUUUUUACUUACGUUUUCCUCUGAAUUCAUGAGA